GACUUGAGUUAGAAAAAAUGCCCGCAGUCUACAGAAUUCGUUCGUAUUGUUCAUAUUGAUACAUUCGCUUUGCGUAAUUGUUAAUCAGAAUGAAGUUUUUACUUGUGUCCAUUUGUGUUUUUGCGACAAUUGCUUUCGUGAGAUCAGAAGUUUGCAGAGUUGGCGCAGCAUGCACAGAUGGUGGGAAAACAAGAGUAGUUUUUAAACAGAUUCCACAAGCAAGCGAUUAUAUCGUCGAGGUCAUUCCAACGAUAGAUGGGCCAUUUAAGUCUACAGGCGACAGAACAGCUUCGGCAAGGUGUAAAGAACCAGGAUGGGUAACGGCACCGGGUGGCUACCAGUAUUUAGUAAUCGAGGCUCUGACCGAUUGGGAAACUGCAGCAAAACUUUGCAGAGGUGAAAGCGCCACUCUUCCCAGACAAGCUUUCAAAAACGAAGAAAUGUUCAACUUUUUCCGUUCCUAUCUGAAGAAUCAGAAAGAAUGGGCUUUUUGGCUUCCUCUCUCCGACAGAGGCGUUGAAGGCACGUGGAUGUGGGAAGAUGGUGGAAAGCUGAGUCACAGUGAUCAAAAAUAUUGGCAAGAAGGACAACCAGACAAUUGGGGAGAACAAGAUUGUGCAUACAUGAACAGGGACACUGAAAAAUGGGACGAUGGAGAAUGCCAUGGAAAGAUGUCUGUCGUUUGUGAAAGAAAAAUUUAAUAAACGUUCAUCAGUGUUUGCUUUGUGUGAUUUAAUGUACAUUUCGUUCGAUAUAUUAUAAUAACAUUAGUUGAAAACUUUUAUUUUGCAUUUUUCAAAGUUUACUGAAAUGGGCUGGUGUUUUUUUUUCAAUUCUGCUAAACUUUGUAAGUAACAUUUAAAUGCAAUGUUAAACUUGAUAAUGUACUCAUUUAACUCUAUUACAUAUGAAAUGUCAUGGUAUAAAAAUAAAUGAUUUUGUGAAAAUUAAA